GUAAUUAUUAAUCAUGUGUUUUAAGAAUUCAGUAUUUGGGAGUUGUUUGAUGCUAGUUGUGUUUGCGUGUUGGUUUAAUGCGAAGAGCAGCGAUGCAUAUGGGACAUUCGGUUUCGAUAUCCACCACAGAUAUUCCGACACUGUCAAGCAAUUCUUGAAUGUCGAUGGAUUGCCGGAGAAGGGUACCGUCGAAUAUUACUCCGCCGUGGCCCACCGCGAUCGGCACCUCAAGGGCCGCCACCUCGCCACCUCUACCCCCAUCCUCACUAUCUAUGGUGGAAAUGAAACUCAGCGUGUCAGAGCUCUUGGAUACUUGCAUUAUUCAUUUGUUACCGUGGGUACCCCUGCUAUGACAUUUAUCAUGGCACUCGACACCGGCACUGACCUAUUUUGGUUACCAUGUGAUUGCACUACGUGUGCACGUAGCUUCAACACCACUACAGGAAAGGUAACAUAUUCAAUUUGCGGCACUCCACUUCCAUGUAACAGCACUUUGUGUGGACCCACUAGAGGAUGCUCUGCCAGGUUUAAUGCUUGUUCUUACCAACAAGUACGAGCCAACGCCUCGAGUAGCGGGAUAUUGGUAGACGAUGUUUUGCAUUUGGGUACAAAUACCAACCCACAAGAUCCUUACGAUGUCACUGUUACAUUAGGAUGUGGACAAAAUCAAACCGGCUCUUUCUUGGACCGUGGUGGUAUUAAUGGUGUAUUCGGGCUUGGUAUGGACAAUAUAUCCGUCCCUAGCGUUUUAGCUAAAAAAGGUGCUAUAGCAAAUUCAUUCUCCAUGUGUUUUCGAUUUGAUGGACAAGGAAGAAUUGAAUUUGGAGAUAAAGGAAGUCCACUACAAAAAACAACUCCCUUUAAUCUUCAACAAUCUCACACAAAUUACAAUAUAUCUGUGACACAAGUUGUUGUGGGUAAUAAUGUCUCCAAUCUUGGGUUCACCGCAAUUUUCGACACUGGUACCACAUUUACGCAACUGAACGACCCAACUUACUCGUUUGUUAUACAGAGCUAUACUUUCUUCUUAUGCACGCAGUUCAAUUCUCAAGUAACUCAUCCACGUUACCAACCUCAACCCAAGGUUUAUUUCGACUACUGCUAUUUACUCAGUGCAAAUCAAGAUAGCUAUAUAACCCCUAACUUGACCUUCACAAUGAAAGGCGGAAGCCAAUUUAACGUUACUGCACCAACGGUUAGGCUUAUACGACCGGGUAUAAAUGCAUAUUGUUUGGCUAUUCAGAAAAGCGAGGAUAUUAACGUCAUUGGACAAAAUUAUAUGGAAGGUUACCGCUUAGUCUUUGAUCGUGAGGAGAUGGUUUUGGGUUGGAAAGAAGCUAACUGCUAUGAUUCCAUCUCGUCGGAAACUCUACAACCAAACUCCACUCGUCCACGUCCAUCGCAACCACCACCACCACCACCACCGACAAACGGUGCCACCCGUUUGAGUUCCAUGACUACCGGAAUUGUGGCAGUGAUACUCGCCGUUUUCUCUCACAACUUCAUCGUUCUUUCUGAAUGAGUUUCUUAUUACCAAGUACAUUUCGCCUUAUUUGAGUGAUAUGUUUGAACUCUACAAUAAAACUUCAAACACCGUGUUAAUUCCUUUAC